AUUGAUCGAUAACAGAUAAGACAGCUAGUGUGAAACAGCUGCUCAAGCCACCGAACAAAACGCCGUUUGUUUUUAAUUAUUCAUCAUAACUUGUGCAAUUAUUAGUGUUUUACCAUAUAAUUAAGAGUUAUUUACUUUGGCUUCCGAUAUAAGCUAACAAACAUCGCUCAUCUCUAGUCUUACACCAAAACCAUAUCACCUACAUACAUCCACCCACAAGACAAAGCGGCAUUGUGAAUUUGUACAUUUGUUGUUAAUAAUAUGGUUGACAUAAAUCUUGAAUGUGUGGCGUUGAUUGAGCCGCGAUCAUCGACAUCCACGGAACAACAGCAGCAGCAGUAUCUCGAAGCGGCGCGCAUUCUGCUAGUGCUGUUGGAAAAUGUACUGAGCCAGCCAAAUAACCUUAAGUUUCGCACGAUUCGACUAGAGAACAAAGCGAUCAAGGAGAAACUUCUGUCGCUGUCGGGUAGCGAACGACUGCUAGCCGCAAUUGGAUUCAAACGCACGGCAGCCUCCAAUGAAUACACAUUGCCCAGCGAGGUACCGCUGCAACAUAUACAAAAGUACCGGGACGAACUGCGUAAGCGGCGGGAGGCGUGGCUUAACGGCGCAGCGCCAAAGAGCCCACUUAAUAAUCAUGCGAAACCCGUGUCAACAACACAGCCAGAAAUGCCAGGUAUAUGUGCAACGCCUUUGUUCAUAAAACCUUCAGUACCCUAUCAGCAACGCAUACGGUUUCCACGGGUCCUGCGCACUGCCAACCGAUUUCUGCAAUCCUUGGAGCUGUAUAGCGAUGCAGUUAUGCAGUAUGAGGAUAAGGCGCUGCUGGCCAGCGGCCUCAGCCUGAUUCCCGUCGAUACACUGACCUCCAAUGCCAACGAGAAGCUCGUUGGUAUGCAAGAAAUGAUUGCGUCUGGUCAGUGUCAGGAGAAGGAACCUUGUUUUCGAGAUCUGUUGCUGGUGGAGCUGGUCAAUUGGUUCAAAACCGAAUUCUUCGAGUGGGUCAACACAAUACCGUGUAAGGUAUGUGGCAGUGAGGACGGCAAAUUGCGUCGCACCCAAACCGAAGGUGAUGUGCGCGUGGAGAUUACUGUUUGCUGUGGUCAGGAGACAAAGUUCUAUCGCUACAACGACAUAUCGCAGCUUUUGGUGACUCGCAAGGGACGCUGCGGUGAAUUUGCCAAUUGUUUCACAUUCCUCUGUCGAUGCCUGGACUACGAUGCCCGUCUAGUGCACUCGCACUUCGAUCACGUGUGGACCGAGGUCUAUUCGGAGACGCAAUUGCGUUGGCUUCACGUUGACCCAUCGGACAAUGUGGUGGACUCGCCGCUAAUGUAUCAGCAUGGCUGGAAACGUAAUAUCGAUUAUGUUUUUGCCUACUCACGGGACGAUGCCCAGGAUGUAACUUGGCGCUACACUAAUAAUCAUAAGCAAAUCCUGCAAAUACGCAAGCUGUGCUCGGAAAAAGAGCUUAUCGAUGCAUUGAAUGGCAUUCGAGGAAAACGCCAGCAAUUUGUGAGUGACGAACGCAAAAAAUUCCUAAGUCAGCGGAAUUUAUUCGAGGUCAUUGAGAUGACCCUGGAGCGCACGCCGACUGAGAACGAGCUGAAAGGCAGGAGCUCUGGCAGUUUGACGUGGCGACAGUCGCGUGGCGAAAACUCAUUCAGCAAUAUUUUUGUAUUUACCCCCAACGACAACGAAGUGGAAAAGCGUCAAUUUAAUUUACGCUACAGUUGUUCCAGUGAUACAUACGAACGAUUUAUCAAAGAUGGAAGUAGGGUGAAUAUACUCGAAACUUACAAGACUUGGCAGAGUGCGCAAUUCGCCUCAAAGAACAUAUUUCGCAAAGUGGAACACGAUUGGAAGGUCACAUAUUUGGCCAGAUUAGAGGAUACGGACAGCGCUGAAAUAAUAUGGAAAUUCGAUUUGAGUAAAUCAAAUCUGAAAGUAAAACAAUACAAUUUGAUUUUUGAGACAAAAACCUUUGGCGAAGGGAAAAUUGAUGUUAGCAUUGAAACAAGUAACGGAAACAAAAAUAUUGAAAACUCAAAUCAAUUCCAAAUUGUGGCCAAAUUAAGUGGUGGGGUGUCUUGGCAACACUCACAGCUCUUCAGACAAGCCUUGAACUCAAGGGAGUAUCCUUUUGAACUUCACGUUGUGCUGCACUAGCGAUAUAUCCAAAAAAAGAACAUGAUAUCUUACAGAACAAUUCCAAAUGCAUUGUAAGUGUAAAUAAGACAACCAUAUAUACUAUAUACAUAUAUAUAUAUAUUUAUAUACAAUGUACAAAGUUUCAAUGAAACAUUAACGACUAUGUACGUCCAAGGUACGCAGGAUAAUAAAGUCACAAAAUGAAGUCACAACUUGCCAGUCAAAAAUAAAACUAUCGACUUAAAAAGUUAUUCUUCAAGUGUGUGCAAUAAAAUAUAAAAAAAUCAAUUGAAAUAUUACUUCACUUUUAACUUAAAGUAGAGUGUACAAGCUGGUCGGAAUAGGAUAUAGGACUCAACUGUAUCAUCAUUAAAUAUAAGAACUAAAUUACAAU